AUGUACCCAGAGAGGCGGCCGUAUGCAACAGCCGUGCCGCAUAGCGGAUACCGAGCGAAGCCGCUCGUCCCGCAGCCACCGAAGGAUGCACUGGCAGUGCUGCGCUCACACGUCGGCUACGAUGACCUCCAGAGCGGCGGUGGCGAUCAGCCAGUUUCGUCCCUGCGCACGGCAGCGGGGCGCACUUACCUCGCGGACGGCAGCUCGGCACCGUCAUUACCGCAGUCGGCAGCAGCGCAGAAGCUGUUGCCUUUCACCGAUCGGAGCUCGCAGGAGGCACUUGACGCGGCGCGUCUGCAGGCCCCAAUCGAGUACGCGUCUUUGGUGUACCAUGGCUGUCAGCAGGCUGCCUUGAAUGCGGAGUUACGGGAGAAGGUGGAGGCUCACCACAAGCGCUGGUCCGCCCGUGUGGAGAAGAUUCAGUCUCUCGUGUCCGAGCUUCCGAUAGAGAGCGCGGUGGACCACACGCGUGGGGUGGAGAGUCUGCACUCGUACCUCGAGGCCUACAGGUGCACCGAAGACAUGCCACUCACGCCAGCCGAUGUGGUGGAGCGGCACGUGCUGCGCACACCGGUGCCGGAGGUGGACGUCAUGUCUCAGAUGCCAGUGAUCCCGAUGGACGCGAUGCGGCGCGCGCUGGAUGACUUGCUGCGAUCGCCGUACCUGCUGGCGCCGCUGGAUACGCAUCUGACGCAGUUGAGCCUGCUCGACAAGCUGGGGCAGCUGCUGUGGUCCAGCGAGGGCGAGGUGGCGGCACGUGAGGUGGAGAAGCCACGGAUUCAGCGAGGGGCUGCUCGUAACGGUUGCGCGGUGGGCCAAGGUGGGGAGACUGGGGCGGUGGUGCAGGCCAAGGGAACGGCGGUAGAGGACGGUGAGGAGGACAUCUACCCCUCCCGCGCCGCCGUUGCGCUGCACGAGCGCCUGCACUACAAUCCCGGCGACUACGCGCGGCGAGAGCUGAAGAAGUCCGAGGAGGCACUUCGUGAGUUGCAGACCCGCGUACAGACGGUCAAGCGCCAGAAAGAGGAGGCCAUCGACGCGGCUGACCCGCUCACCGCCCUGCGCAACCUUCACGCCCAGGUGGACUUCUCUAACGACCUUCUCCUACUCUACAAGGCUCGAAUGGCCCUCGUCUCGCUACACUCGGACGACACACGCGACUUUCGCCGCGAAGUGGUGGACCUGAUUGACGACAGCCAUCAAGCAGUGCAGGCAGUGCACAAGUAUGCCAUGGAGGCGCUGCCCAGCGUGCAGCACGAUGUCAGGGUCCUGACGGAGGCCGUUCAGCAGACGCAGGAGCAGCUGACCUCCAUGCAGGCGACAGAGGCUGCGGCCGACACGAGUAUGCGGGCCCACCUGGGUGACAUGGACAAGGCCGCCCGUGCACUAUGGGAAGAGGUAAGUGCGCUGCUCAUAAAAAUCACUGACAAUGCACGCGAGCGCGGCCGCUACGCACAGCAGUGCAUGUCGCUGCGUGAGCAGCGUGCCAAGGAGGCAGCGAUGGUACAUGCUCAGCUGCAGGCACAGUCAGCUCAUCUUGAGUGCCUGUGCCACUGCGAGGAUGUACUGGCGCGUUGGAAUCAGGCCGGUGACGUGCUCGGCAAGUAUGUGGAUGCCUGCGUGCCGAAGCUGCUGAAGCACCUCGCGGCAGUCGAGGAGGGCGAUGCCGACCUCGCCCAGCGUGAGGCGGAGGAAUACGUCGGCUACUAUGAGCAGUUUGUGUACGCGGCUGAGGAGGCCAGGGCGAAGCGGUGCACCCAGGCAGACCGCAUGCGGCUCCUGCAGCGCAGCACUCUGCUCAGCCAAGAGCGCGCGAGUGACACGAUGGAUCCCGACGCCGCUGCGCAUGAUCAGCGCAUGACAGACGUCACACGCGAGCUGGACGAGGUGCGGCUGUACCUACAGUAUGUGUCCGACAUGGAGGCGGACCGGAAGGCCGAGGUGGACCCGGUGCUGAAGGGUGUCCUGCUGCGGCACACGCAAGCCCAAUUGCUCACGUCUGACAAGGAGGACGAGGCUGAGAAGCCGCUUCCCACGCCAGGCCUGCUGGAGGACGCGCCUGCUAGAGCUACAGGCGAUGCCAAGCCAUCCCUGGCCGUGCCCUCGACGGCCGUUGUGGCCACUAAGAACACCGACGGCGAUUCGGCAAUGGUAGCAGGUGACGGCGUUGGCUUCGCAACCGCCAGCGCCCCUACCACGGCUACCGCCUCCACUGUUCCUCCUCUCUCGACCACGGUUGCUCACCCCUUCAUCACUGCCCGCCUGAUCGGCUUGGCGCACGAGAGCAGCUACCUCUCUCAACAAGGGCGAUUGGUGGAUCAAGAGAUGCAGGCGGUGGAGGAGAAGUGGACGGGGCUGCGCCACAGCCGCGAGGAGCUGCGAACGAUGGAGGCAAAUUACAAGAACGGUGACCACAUCCGUGCACUGCUCGGUCUGGACACGCCGUAG